AUGUCUUCGGGUAGCACCACCGAGAUCGAGUCGGCAAUCUUCUCAGGGGGUGAGGAGGUCGUUGAGAGUUCCAACGAGACAAAGGCCCAUACGCAUGAAUAUCCAGAAGGAGGCUUGCGGGCAUGGUUGGUUGUCUUUGGAUGCUGGUGUACAUCGUUUGCAUCCUUUGGCUAUGUUAAUUCCUUUGGAGUCUACGAAACAUACUAUCUCAAGACAUUCUUAUCCGGCCACUCUCCGUCUGAUGUAGCAUGGAUCGGUGCUAUUCAGUCUUUUGCCCAGUUCUCGGCGGCUUUGGUCGCUGGCCCGCUCGCUGACCGGUAUGGAGCAAUGGUCAUCAUCUGGCCAUUCUCCAUUCUCCUUGUCGUCGCCAUGAUGCUCACCAGCCUUUGCACUGAACUCUAUCAAUUCAUUCUCUGUCAAGGAGUCUUCAUUGGCAUUUCGGCCGGCCUCAUAUUUACCCCAGCAAUUUCCAUUGUUGGGCACUACUUCUUCAAGAGACGACCGAUAGCGAUGGCCUUUGCCACCACUGGCUCUCCCCUUGGGGGAAUCAUUUACCCAGUAAUCAUGACAAACCUCCUCCAAGAAAAUUCGGUCGGCUUCGCAUGGGGCCAGCGUAUAUGUGGCUUCCUGACUCUGUUCUUGUUGGCAAUUGCAUCAAUUACUAUUCGGCCAACACCAUUAAAGAGAAAGGGCGCUUUGGUUUUGCCAGAUGCGUUCAAGAUUCCCGCCUUCUCUCUCCAAGUGGCAGCCUUAUUCAUGAUCAUUCUGGGACUCUGGACGCCGUAUUUCUACCUCGCUGACUACGGUUCACUACACGGAAUGUCUCCAGGUCUGGCAUCCUAUCUAUUUGCUUUGAUCAAUGCAGGGUCGUUCUUGGGCCGGGUGUUUGCCGGUUCCGUUGCCAAGUAUCUCGGCCAGUUUAAUGUCAUCACUGUAGCCUGUUACGCCUCCGGAUUACUGAUGUUUUGCUGGUUGAAGAUCACUUCGACAGCAGGCCUUAUCGUGCUGGCCAUUUUGUUUGGCGCGACAAGUGGCAUCAUUAUCGGCCUCAUGUAUACGACCAUUUCACAUACGGCAGAUCACCCCAGCAAGAUCGGAACAUACAUAGGAAUGGCCACAUUUCUCAUCGGAUUUGGUGCCUUGGGAGGCACUCCAAUCACUGGAGCCCUGAUCGAUAGAUAUGGCGGCUACUCCCAAGGCAUUAUCUUCAGUGGUGCCGUCCUUAUGACUGGAGCUGUGCUCUUUAGCGGCGCGCGGUUUGCUUACUCGAAAGACAGGCUUGUCGUUUAG